GUUCCGUGAUACAGGACGAUGCCGAGCGGCCCCUCGCUCGGACGCAGAGUUGGCAUGGCAAUCGCAUGGAAAGGGGUAGGUCGAUGCAGACGGAACUCAUUCAGCUUUACGCUUCUCAGCAGCUGCCUCGUACAAGCUCGGAGUUUCUGCAAGAGCUCCAGGUAGCCGCUAUGAACAGCCAGAUGGCAAUGCGCCAGAGCCCGAGCCCGAGCCCAAGCCAGACCCAAUUUCGCAAUCGACGAGCUUCUAGCGUUGCGGCCUCUUCGAUUGCCAGGACGACCUCGGAUCUGUCAACCUACGCCCCGAUGCGACGGCGCUCCGUUAUUCAGACGCCGGGCGUAGCAACGCGCCCAAGGCGAGAUGACAUGCUCACUAUCCCAGACAAGUCUGCUGCUCGGAAAAGCCAACCAGUCUUUGCAGACGAGCAAUGUGCCUUCAAACCCAAUUCCAAGGCGCCAAGGCAUCUUUCCAUGCCUCUCAUCAACAUGGGGUUUGCGCCAUUGGAGCGGGCCGUCACCCCUUGCGAAUCCGACUACAAGCAGCUCGGAGCUAUCAAGUUUGGGUCUUUGGUAAUCACGAAUGCUUCGCCCCCUUCAAGCCCUCAAGAUACGGUCAAACAGCAUCAGCCCGAACCGAGUACAGAGCAGCCAUCUGGAGCAAUGCCUGAUGAUGCGGGCAUUGAACUGAACAUGGCACGUCGCAAGAAUCGCCCCGUCGUCACUGUUCCACAGGAAUCCCGAGCUUUAGCAUCCGUCACAGGUUUCAGCUUGGAUGGGAAAGCUUCACAGCGGCCGGUACAGACAGAGAAUCCUCCCUUGGACGAUCUGAUGCCCAGUCCGCUGUCCAAAGUUCCUAGUCCCCUAAUGGGAUACGUUGUCGAGAGGGAAGACACUGAGGCGGCCUCUGGCAAGAGUAUCGGAGUAUGGAGGUCCAACAGUGGCUUCUCUUCGACGACUUCAUCUGCAUCUUCGCGAACAAACUCCAAGACGGACAGUGGCUACAGCUCUAAUGUUUCAGAACGUUCUUUUCCGAGCUCAAGCAUUACCGAUACUAGCAGCCAGGGCCCAUCUCGACGAUCGACGUUCGAACAGCCAAUCAUGACUCCCCUCAUUAGUUCCAUCGACAGCUUGAAGAAGAACAGACAACUGUACAAGCCAUUUGUGCGAAUGGAAAGAGACAAGGCCGGCGCUUCAUCCACCGAAAUGGCCAGGGAUGUCACUGCACCUGGCUCUGUCUUCACGAGACCCAAGGUUAGACGGCAUGAAAAGCACCUCAUGACCUCCUCGUCUGGCCUACUCUUGCACAGAAUGGAUGCCAGCACCGCAACCCUCAACACCAUCUUGAGCGUCGACAACUUGGUUUCCUCUGACAACACGGCAGCUGGCCGCAGCGAUGCCGAGGUCGAGGUCGUCGUAGAGGAGUCCAAGUCACUGAGGAAACGACGGUCGCUGCGCAGAGUUGCAGAAGCUGCGACGUCAAGGAUGCCAUCCCUGGGUCUGAGCCGUCGAAAGUCAGCUACAGGGAGUGUGAGCGUGAGCUCUUCGAGCAAGGCUGAGGCGGAAAAGAGAAGACGAG